AUGUCUUGGAAACCAAUUGUAACAUACAUCAUCCGUGGUGCUCAAUCGGUAUUUUGCAUUGUUGUCCUUGGUCUUUCAGCUGGGUUUUUGGCUGAUGUAGGAUAUAAUUACGACCGUGUCACUUUUGCCUUGGUAGUUUCCAUACUCAAUCUUAUCUAUUUUAGUUACAUUUUACUACUCAUGCCUACUAUUCUCAAAAACUUUUCACCUUCGGUAAUCAUUUUAGUUGCCGAGUUCAUUUUCUUUGUGUUUUAUCUUUCAGCCAUGGGAGCAAUUGCAGCCGUUAUUCCUUCUGGAAGUUGUGGAGAUUAUGGCAGUUACUCAUCGGCAUGCAGCAUCCUGAAGGCUUUAAUACCAUUUACUUUAUUCAACUGGUUAUUGUUUGCUACUAGUUUUGGAUUAUUCUUGGGUUAUAGCUUUAUUCCACAAGUCAGUAGUCGCGGAUUCAAGUCAAUCUUUUUACCUGCACGAUUCGAGUUUGGUGCUAUUUUUACUGAUUUUGCUUUACCAUUUGGAAAAAAAUAUGCGGUAACUGAUCCAGCAACUGACGCUGCUAUUGCAAAUGCUGAAGUUACUGGUAGUGGUAUAGAAAAUGAUGCUCCUAAAGUUGCAUCUGUUGGUGAUAAUGAGGCAACUGUUGGUUUGGCUUCAUCCGAAGAAGAUAAAUAUACAGAGCCAAUUUCGGAAAAUAUCCAUGAAGCUCCUGCAACCCAAGAAUCAACCAAUCAAAACAAGCCAUACCCAUAA